AACUUUUCAUCCUGACCGAAGAAGAGAGAGAGAGGGUUUGAAUUGGUGAAGGGGGCCACAGCUUCAUCCACAGCCACAGCUGGUCGCGGAGAGGGAAGAACCCUAAUCUCUCCCUUUCUCUCCGGCUCGCUGAUCAGACUCAGAGCAGAAGAUUCAGUCUGUGGGAAGAUGAGUAGUCAAAUUCCUCAUCCUGGUUCCAGAAGGAGCAGUUCGAGCCAGAAGCGUCCACCAUCUACGGCUUCUAGGAAGUCUGUGCCGCUUGAAAAUGGAAGCAAUGGAAAUGGCACUGCCACCAAACCCUCUUCUCCGCCUCCGCAACCGGCUACUGGGGGCGAAAGGACUGUGAAGAAACUUCGGUUGUCAAAAGCACUAACAAUUCCUGAAGGGACGACAGUCUCUGAAGCAUGUAGAAGAAUGGCAGCUCGCCGAGUUGAUGCUGUUUUGUUAACUGACUCCAAUGCGUUGCUUUCAGGAAUUAUUACUGAUAAGGAUAUUGCUGCUAGAGUCAUUGCUGAGGGGUUACGACCAGAGCAGACAAUAGUGUCAAAGAUAAUGACCCGGAAUCCCAUAUUUGUCACUUCGGAUUCACUAGCUCUUGAAGCCCUUCAGAAGAUGGUUCAGGGUAGAUUCAGGCAUCUACCUGUUGUGGAAAAUGGUGAAGUCAUUGCCUUGCUGGAUAUUACCAAAUGCCUAUAUGAUGCCAUAUCUAGGAUGGAGAAGGCUGCUGAGCAGGGUAGUGCCAUUGCUGCUGCAGUUGAAGGGGUGGAAAGGCAGAAAGGAGGAGGUUUAUCUGCUUCAAAUGCUUUCAUAGAAACAUUGAGGGAGCGCAUGUUCAAGCCUUCACUGUCAACUAUUAUUGGUGACCAUACAAAGGUUGCUAUUUCAUCAGCAUCAGAUCCUGUCUAUGUAGCUGCUAAAAAGAUGCGGGAUUUGCGUGUUAAUUCAACUGUUAUUGUUGCAGGAAACAAGAUUCAUGGGAUACUAACUUCAAAGGAUAUCCUUAUGCGGGUUGUGGCUCAAAAUCUAUCUCCUGAGUUGACUCUAGUGGAAAAGGUAAUGACUCCAAACCCAGAAUGUGCAUCAUUGGAGACAACAAUUCUCGAUGCACUGCAUACGAUGCAUGAUGGAAAGUUCUUACAUCUUCCUGUGGUGGACAGAGAUGGAUAUGUCGCAGCUUGUGUGGAUGUUUUGCAUAUAACUCAUGCUGCAAUUUCAAUGGUGGAAAGUAGCUCUGGAGCUGUCAAUGAUGUGGCAAACACAAUAAUGCAAACAUUUUGGGACUCUGCACUCGCUUUAGACCCACCGGAUGAUUAUGACACUCAUAGUGAUGUCUCUGGGUUCAUGGCUUCAGAAGCAGCAGAGACUGCAAAGUCAACAUAUCCAUCUGUUGGCUUUGGGAAUUCCUUUGUCUUUAAAUUUGAGGACCCGAAGGGCCGUGUACAUCGAUUAAGCUGUGGGGCUGAACACCUAGAGGAACUUGUGUCUGUUAUCAUGCAAAGACUUGGUAAUGUUAACGAUGGAGAACGUCCUCUGAUUAUGUAUGAGGAUGAUGAAGGUGAUAAAAUUCUUCUUGAAACUGAUGGUGAUUUCAUUGCUGCCGUUAACUAUGCUAGAUCUAUUGGAGUGAAGGCACUAAGGUUGCAUCUGGAGUUUGCCGAUUCCAAUAAAUCAAAAACACCGGAAUCUGCUACUGCUACAUUACAAAAGAGCAAUGGAUUGUCUAUAAGCUCGGGUAUUCUCGCGGGUGCUGUUGUUCUAACAGGCAUUGGCGUGUUGGUCUACUUGAAGCGCUCCAAGCAAUGAUCAGUUGCUAGUUUCAGAAGCGAUACAUGCCAUGGGUAUGAAUUCAAGAGCACUGUGGGAUUCAAUUUAAUUAAAAUGAUAUACACCGAAAUAGUAGGCUUUUUUCUUUUUUGGGCUAUAUUAAAUUAAACACCAUGGUUAAAGCUGUGGGAGAAACCGAGGUAGUGAAGAGAUGUACUCUUCUCUCGUCUUUUUAUCUUUUUGGAUGUAGUUGCAAUCAGUAACCCUAUCUCAAUGUAAAGAUAAAAUCUUGGCAUUUAAUUUAAUACUUGCAAAUGUCAAGCCUUUAUGCAUGACUGACAUGAUUUUGUGUCCUGAAA